CUCUCUCUCUCUCUCAUCCCUCCAUUGGAAGCUUCAAAGCAACCACCAGAACGAAAAGCUUCCUCCACUUUCUCUCCAUUUCGUCGAAUUGUCCUUUCAUCUUCUCUCUCUCUCUCUCGCUCGCUCGCUCGCUCGCUCGCAGUAUGAGAUCACAGGAGCUCGCUCUCCAGAGAACCACCACCACCACCACCACCGGCAGCUACAGAAGCGCCAGAAGAAUCACUCCUUCCUCCACCUUCCCUCGACCGCGUACCCCACCGUCACCGCCGCCGCCGCCUUCUCUCUCCCACCAUGAAGACAUGGCCGCCUCCGCCGCCUCCGACAACAAGCUCCUCCUCCGCAAGUCCUCCUCCAGAUCAUCGGCAGCAACCCAUCAUCGCUCCGUCAGAAUCUCCUCCCUCCUCCGCUCCUUCCUCAGCCUUAUCUCCUCCUUCCAGCUCCAAAACCUCAUCCCCGCCCCAGCCGCCGCCUGCCGCUUCCUCUCCUUCCCCCGCCAUCUCUCCCUCUCCUCCUCCUCCUCCUCCUCCUCCCUCGGCCGCAAAGUCACCGGCACCCUCUUCGGCCACCGCCGCGGCCACGUGUCCUUUGCGGUCCAGGACGGCCCCCAGUCCGACCCUGUCCUCCUCCUCGAGCUCGCCAUCUCCACCUCCGCCCUCGUCAAGGAGAUGUCCUCCGGCCUCGUCCGCAUCGCCCUCGAAUGCGAAAAGAUCGCCGCCGACCGCCCGCCGAGGCUGUUCCAGGAGCCUGCCUGGACCAUGUACUGCAACGGGCGCAAGUGCGGGUACGCCGCGUCCCGCUCGUGCACGGAGUCCGAUCUGCACGUCCUGAGGACGGUGCGGACCAUGUCGGUCGGGGCCGGUGUGAUCCCGGUGCUGGCGGACGACGGCCGGAAGUCCGGCGGUGGGGACGGGGAGCUUCUGUACAUGAGGGCGAGGUUCGAGCGCGUCGUCGGGAGCCGCGACUCCGAGGCGUUCUACAUGCUGAACCCGGACGGCAACGGGGGCCCCGAGCUCAGCAUCUUCUUGUUGAGAAUAUGAAACAGAACAGAGAGAUAGGGAGAGAAAGCGACGUGAAGUGAGCUCAGUCUCUCAAAUCCCAAAUCCCCCGGUCGAGAGCGGUAAAUGUACUGAUCCAAGCCGUCAGCUGCAGCGGAGUUGAAGUUCUCGUCGUCAAUCAGUCAUUUUUCAAACAUGGUGGUGUGGGAGGAAGAAGAAGAAGAACAAGAAGAAGAAAGAUGGUCAGUAAUACAUUAUACAUAUCACGAUGUAAUCCAAUAGAAUCUGUAGUAGUUUUCUAGCGUGCAUGACCCAAACCCCAUGUGUUUUUUUUUUUUUUUUUUGGUUUUCCUAUUUGCUUUCGAUGAUGAUAAUGAUGUUUUUAGACGUAUUUGUGUAGUAUA